AUGAGUGAUCCAACUACGAGUUCCUAUGACUUUGUAAUUGUGGGCGGAGGAACGGCUGGCUCGGUGGUAGCCUCUCGCCUCUCCGAAGAUUUUAAUGUCACUGUCUGUGUAUUGGAGGCAGGAAAAGACAACACCUGUUUUGGGUUCAGAAAUCUUGGAAGACCUGACAUUCUAUGGCCCUUCACCUCAGUUCCCCAACCCUUCGCCAACGAUCGUGUAGUGUCGAACCUAAGAGGUAAAGCGCUUGGAGGUUGUAGCACGGUAAACCUGUUGACAGCGAUGCGAGGGAACGCUGCAGAAUACGAUGCUUAUGAAACUCUUGGGAACAAUGGUUGGAACUGGAAAAAUCUACUUCCCUACUUUCAAAAGUCGGAAACCCACACAGUUACCCCUGAAGAUCGUGCUCAAUUUGGGGUUGAAUUGAACAUGGCGUACCAUGGCACUGAUGGUCCAAUCCAUCGUACUUUUCCCAAGUGGACGUCUUCUGGACUUUCUCAUUAUUUCGAAGCAAUGAAGAGUUUGGGAUAUAAAUAUAAUAAGGACCCGUGCGACGGCGACAAUUCGGGCGUCUGGCCAGUCCAGUUUUCGAUACAUGCAACAGACGCAGUAAGAACUGAUGCAGCCUCUGGAUAUCUGAAACCCGCCGAGAAGAGAGAUAACUUGCACGUGCUCACUGGUACAUAUGUGACAAAGAUAAUACUUGAGCAGCACAACGGACUAGCGGUGGCCGAGGGAGUAGAAUACAUCAAAGACGGGGAGACUUUCAGAGCGCUCGCUAAGAGGGAGGUCAUUCUCUGCGCUGGGGCAUACAAAUCCCCUCAGAUUCUGGAGAUUUCUGGCAUUGGUGAUUCCAAAAUCUUGAAAGAGCACGGUUUACAAUGUCAUGUCAAUCUGCCUGGUAGGUUUGAUCACUUUUGGUGCUCGUUUACCGCUGAGACUACCGCUGAGAUCGAGACCCACGAGGUUUUAUUUGACCGGGCUCGUGCAGCUCAGGAAUGGGAACUAUAUGAAAAGACAAAAAGCGGUUUACUCGCCACCAAUCUCGGUGGAUCGGGCUUCACUAUGCUACCUUGCGUUUCCUUCAUGGACAAGGACAAGUUUGCGAACCUCAGGGCUGAGGCUUCUAAACUUCAUCCUGAAGAGUAUGAGAAGGUGGCGAACGUCCGCAAGAAGUGGCUGACUAUUGGCGAAGUACCGUUCUUGGAACUCGCGUUCAUCUCCGGAUUUAUGCCCACUGGUGAUCAGCAACCCGAACCUGGCAAGAAAUACGUGUCAUGUUUUAUUGCCAUUCAACACCCUUUCGCACGAGGAACGGUUCAUAUAGGUUCUGCAGAUCCCUCAGCAGCACCGAAUAUCGACCCCCGGUUGCUCGAUAACAAAGUUGAUAUGGGGAUCAUGGUUGAAGCGAUCAAGUUCGUUCGUCGCAUUUUUGCGUCUGGAGAGUUCAAGGGGACAACAAAGGAAAUUAUCCCGGGUGUUAGUGUCUCGUCCGACGAGGAGCUCGAAAAGUUUGUCCGUGAUGUGGUGCAGACUGUAUGGCACCCGAUCGGAACUGCGUCGAUGUUGCCGCGGGAAGAUGGCGGAGUGGUAGAUGCUAGCUUGAAGGUGUAUGGAACGGCGAAUUUGCGUGUGAUGGAUGCUUCGAUUAUGCCGAUUCAUAUAUCGGGUCAUCCGAUGUUAACAGUCUACGCGAUUGCUGAGAAGGCUGCGGAUAUGAUUAAAUCCUCGUACGUCUGA